AUGGGCAAUUGUUUCAGCAGCCCUUCAACAACAGAUAGAAUUGAGAGAAAUACUAGGCUGGGCGUGAAUCCUAUAGAGGACAACACAUUACAACCUAAUCCUAUUCCUACUCCUCCUUCAGAAGUACCAAGACCUCCUGUUAUCAAUAAUACUGAGCCUGAACAAACUAGUGCUAGAAUUUUUGUAGCUUUAUAUGAUUAUGAUGCUAGAACUGACGAGGACCUUAGUUUUCGAAAGGGUGAACAUUUAGAGAUAUUAAAUGACACCCAAGGUGAUUGGUGGCUUGCAAGGAGCAAACGAACCAGACAAGAAGGCUACAUUCCUUCCAACUAUGUUGCUAAGUUGAAGAGUAUAGAAGCAGAACCGUAA